AUGGUUCCAGAGCGGGCAGACACGGCGACAGAAAGAAGGAGAAGGGAGAGUUUGGAUACGAUUGGCAGAGAGAGAAGGGCGGCCGAGGUGGCGCACCAGGGGCAGCAUCACCACCAGGGGCAGGCGCAAGCCCAGCCGGCGGGGAAAGGAGUGAAAAGUUCUCCAUCGCAAGCCCAAAUCUACGCCCAGCAAGCGCGUCCUCCUGCGCAAGUGCGUGCUCUGCCCAACGUACCCCCCGCCCCUGCUUCAGUGCAAGUCCAAGCAAACCCUUACCCCCAACCCCCGCCUCAACCAAGCCGCCACCUAUCCCAGAGCGAAACCAUCUACCCCACGCCUACCGCCGCGCAACAAGCCUUCCUAGCUGAACGGCUCGCCACGCCCUCGCAUCGUAAAGUCCCCGAGCCCCAUACUUCUUCUGCCUCCCGUCGUCGUCGGCGAGCGUCGUCAGGCAGCUCGGGGGCGGCGGUACCGGGUAUGACGACACUAUCGAGGGUAGACUCGGAUAGGUCCAUACGCUCCCGGGUCUCCUUCGACUCGACUCGUUCGAGGGGUAGUCAACGCACCCUCCGCUCCGACCUGGGCUACGAGUCCGACGGCGACUCCCAGCCUCCGGGCCCUACCAUCUUUUUCGACCAUUCCAAGAACGGCAACGGCGGGCUUGCGGGGACGUUUAUGAAGGGGCCCGGGGGAGAGCCGGUGGAGGUGAUAGGGCUGGGGACGAAGAGGCCAAAGCAUAGGACGUAUGCGUCGGAUAUGCUCAAACCGAUUUUGAGGAGUAGUUCGAGGAUGACGAUUAGCCGGACGAAUACGGCUGCUUCGAUGAGACCUCAGGGUCAGGAGGCUCUGGGGCAGCAGGUGCAGGCGGAGAAGCCGCUUCCGUCAAGGCCUCUGAGCGUGGUAGGCUCCGUCAUGGGCAGUUUCAAAGGGCCAAAGACUUUGAUGAGGACGAGGUCGCGGUCGAGGCCCGGGUCGGGGGAGAGGGAGGGGUAUGAACAGGUUGAGCGUGCGCCUAGCAGGGCGGAAGGUGCGCCGAGAGGGAGUAUCGAUCGGCACGAUAGGGGCACCACGCAUUUGCCUGCGGGUGAUGACCAAGGGUUGGGCUUGAGGAAUAUCUUUUCCGGCCUCUCGCUCGCUGAUGGCCAGCCGCCAUCGUCCGCCCCGCCAAUGUCCUUUGGGUCCAACAGAGCCCUGAUCAAGCCAGCCGACAACCUCUUUGAAUACCUCCGCUCCGUGCGCGUACCGCUAUGGGACGACUGGCCCCACCCGACGGGGGCAAGGCCGAUAGCAGGGUCGGGGAUGGGACUGGGGAUGGGGAUGUGGCCUGGUGGAGGGGGUAGGGGGAGGAGGGGAAAGUGGGAGGAUAUGGGGUGGGAGUGGGGGAGGAGGUUGGAGGAGGCGGAGAAGGCGAAGCCUUAUAGGAUUUUGAGGGGGUGGGAGGGGAGUAGUCGGGGAUGGGAGAGGGAUAUUAUUGAGUUCCAGAAGGAGAAUGUGCCGGCGUACCCUAUUGACCUGAACAACCGAUGGGGUAUCCAGAUUUUCGCCCUUCAAGCCAAGGGGUACGACACGCUCGAGUUUUACGACGACUCUUUGGACGGCGCCGAGGAUAAAGGUCUGCUGAGUUGGUUGAGUGGAAGUAUCCUUCAGACAGCCGUCUCCACCCUCCACAUGCUCCGUUACUCUUCCCAAAACUUUACCUUCCACCUCAUCCCCUCCAUCCCACCUCCAUCCCACCACCCACCCCACAACGGCAAGCACUUUCUCUGGGACGGUUUCGGCUCCAUGGUACUCGUCAACAAGGCCGACGAGACGGACCGGAGUAUGGUAAUCGAGAUCAGGCCGCCGAGUGUGGCGGAUGCGGGAGUGAUCAAGGAGUUUGCAAAGGACAGAGGAGGGGGGGAGUGGUGGGCCAUGGAUAGGGAGGGGGUGCUUGGGGAAGUGGGGCAGGCGAACUUGUUGCAGGCGCAGGUGUAUGAUGCUUGUGUGCAGAAUCGAGUUUACUUUUUUGCAGUGACCAACCUGAAGCUCUGGGUAUUCGGACAAUUCAGUCCCGAUUACACUUCCUGCACGGUCAGCCCGGUCAUAGACCGUAAAGCACGAGAACCAUCCUUGAUGCAGUGUCUGACGACCUGGGUGAUCCGUUCGGUUGAUGAGCGUCCUCGAGUGACACGCGAACAGCGCCCAGGGUCCGUCCGCCGUACAGCCUCCCGACUCUCUCGGCGCAACUCGCAGCCUCACUCUCGUCCCGCACCUCCACCCCCUGACCAAGCCCCACCCCACUAUACCGAAGAACAACCCCGGCGGCACCGCCAACACAUGUCGCUCCCCGCCCAAAACGUGUUCGACGAAUACAACCGCUCUUUCGUCCAACCCCACGUCCCGCCGCCGCAUAAUAUGACACCGCAGUCGAGUAUGGGCACGAUGGGGAUGGGUCCGGGGUACUUUGAUCUACCGCCGGGACCGGGGUCGGGGUUGAAUGGGAUGACGCCGGGGGGAGGGUAUAACCAGCCGAAUGGGAUGGGGUUUGGGGUCCAGAAUGGGUGGGGGCAGAGGCCUUUCUCGCCGCCGAAUGGUGCAGGGAAUAUGCCCUACAAUAACGGGGUGAGCUGGUAUAGCGGAGGCAUGUUCCCCGCUUGGCCGCACAUGGGGUGAUCCGCUUCUUGUCCGAGGGUUGCCGUUCCAUUACUUCUUGCUUCUUCUGCCAAUUACAGGUUUAUAGUGUUGGGCAGCGCUUGCUAAGCAUCAGCUAGCCGGGG